AUGCCGGGGACGGCCGGCACGACCGCGGCGGUGCCAGCAGCGGACAAGAAGAGGCCGCCGCUUCUUCCGGAGUCCGUUGUCCGAGGCUUAGCGUAUGGCAUGGUGAACGGCAUCCUCUUGCCGCCCGUGAUGGUGAGCUUUGCCGCGAUGAUUUUUAGGGAUCCGGCGUUCACGCCCCAUCUUCCCAGGCUCGUGAAAUUGGUCAUGUUUAGCGGCGCCGUUCACAUGGCCUGCUUCGGGACCCUGUCCAGCCUCAAGUUCGCCGUCGGGUCGGUCCAGGACGCCGGUCUGAUAUUCCUGUCUGCAAUCUCCUCGGCGGUGGUAGCCUUUUCCAGAGAGCAAGGAGUGGAUGAGGCUGGUAUGCUCAGCACCUCUUGUUUCGUGUUGUGCACGUGCACCGGUCUUCUCGGCGUGGCACUCGUCGUCCUCGGGAGGCUGAGGCUGGCCAGCGUCGUGCAGUACCUUCCGAUGCCCGUCAUCGGUGGCUACUUGGCCUUCAUCGGGUGGUUCUGCGGCGAGGCGGGCUUGGCGUUCGCGUCCGGGCUGGAGAUCAGCGGCAUAGGGGACUUGGGCGUCCUGGCCAGCCGAGAGGCGCUCCUGCUAGUGAUGCCGGCGGUUCUGGCCGGCUUUGUGAUGUACCUCUCCCUUCGUCGCUUCCCCUCUCCGACCACGCUGCCGCUGCUCAUGGCCGCGUUCCUGGGGACGUUCUUCGCGUUCCUUAGGGUCACGGGGACGACCAUCGACGAGGCGAGAGCUGCCGGGUGGGUGAGCGCAGCGUCCCCGAUGCUCCCCCUCAAUCACGCCUGGGACUACUUUUCAUUCGCAGACAUCCACUGGGAAGCGUUUGCGAGGGUUGUGCCCAACCUGUUGGCCAUGAUCGUGGUCGUUGCGUUCUCGAGCUGCUUGGAUAUCGCGGCCAUAGAGAUGGAGAUGGCCAAGCCACUGGAUUUCAACGGGGAGCUGCAGACGGUGGGGUGGUCCAACGUCAUCUCGGGGCUGUUCGGCGGCUUCACGGGCAGCUACAUCUUCAGCCAGACCAUAUUUAACCUGCGGGCAGGCGUGGACACACGGGCGGCGAGCGCGAUGUCGUUUGUCAUGAUCCUCGCCGUGGCGGCCUCGCCCGCCAGCGUCAUCAGCUUCCUGCCCAGGUGUUUCUUCGGCUCCUUGCUGAUCCUCAUUGCGGUCGACCUCAUGGUCGAGUGGCUCUGGCAGGCCAGAUUGAAGUGAGACCGUCUGCUACUGAGUGUGCGGUCAACUCUGGGUUGAGGACGUUGGUGUUUGGAAAGGUUUGCGUGGCGAAUUGUUGAGUGGCUUCGGCAAGCCUGGUGGAGGUUUACCCUCAGUGCGCUGCUGGGCAUUUGGUAGAGAGAUUGCGUGGUGGAAAGAAUGAGGCUGCGGCGAUCCAGAUCGAGGCAGCUCAGUGCGACUGGGUGCGUGGUUAGAUCGAUCUGGGUUGGGGAUGUUGGUAGAGAGUUGUGCGUGGCGGCAAGAAUGGUUGAAUGCCUUCGGCAAGGCAGAUCGAAGGUAACAUCAGUCUGCUGAUGGGUAUGUGGUCACGUUCUAGGUUGGGGGUAUUGGUAACGAGUUGCGUGGCGUGCUGCGACGGCAAGGCAGGGUAAGGCGGCCGAGCUCUGGAUCAGGUGGCGUUCGGUGUGUGG